AUGGCUGAUCAAGAAUUGGAAGGGAGUGAGCCAGUGGACCUUACCAAGCAUGCUUCGGGGAUAGUUCCCACUCUUCAAAACAUUGUGUCAACGGUGAACUUGGAUUGCAAGCUAGAUCUCAAAGCUAUUGCUUUGCAAGCUCGGAAUGCUGAAUACAAUCCUAAGCGUUUUGCUGCUGUGAUUAUGAGAAUAAGAGAACCAAAGACCACAACAUUAAUAUUCGCCUCUGGAAAAAUGGUGUGUACUGGAGCUAAGACUGAAUACUCUUCGAAGAUGGCUGCAAGAAAGUAUGCUCGGAUUAUUCAAAAACUUGGAUUUCCUGCAAAGUUCAAGGAUUUCAAGAUUCAAAAUAUCGUUGGUUCUUGCGAUGUCAAAUUCCCUAUAAGACUUGAAGGUCUUGCAUACCAUCACUCCGCUUUCUCAAGCUACGAGCCUGAGAUAUUUCCAGGACUGAUUUACAGGAUGAAAGUACCUAAGAUUGUGCUACUGAUCUUUGUAUCUGGAAAGAUAGUUAUCACAGGAGCCAAGGGUCACGGAUUUGAUCCUUGCGAAACUAGUAGCCUGGUCUUUUACCCCCUUGGAGUUGCUAAGCUUGCUGAGAAUUUUGUCCUUGAACAAAGGCUCUCACAGUAG